AUGGAUCGUGUUCAUGGAGAUGUGCGUCGUUCUACAACAGCUUCAGUGGUUCCACCAUCUGUGUCUUCAAGUCAUAGGAUAGAGUUGAUUAUGCCUGACACCUCUUCAUCUAAGACAGAGGACGUUGAAGUUGGUCAGGAAUUCAACCAAAUCUCUGUUCACUGUCAAAUGUAUUGGGGAUACAUACAAGCAAUUGCUACGGUUGUUGGUCAGCUCAUUAAAGAUAAGUUCACGAGAAUAGGAUGUAUUUAUAAACCUUGUCAUAUCGUUGAGGAUAUGAGAAGAGAUUAUGACAUGAACAUAAGUUAUAAAGCGUGGUGUGCAAGGGAAGCCGCGUAUGAUCUCACUAGAGUUAUUCCAGAAUACUCAUACUCCAUACUAUAUGCUUAUGGAGAUGCGUUAAAAAUAAAGAAUCUGGGUAUAGUCUUUGAGAUCAAACUUGAAGAUGAGAUGCAUUUCAAGUAUAUGUUUAUGGCAUUAGGGCCUUAUAUUAGAGGUUUCGCAAGUUGUUGGCCUUGUAUUAUUGUUGAUGGGUCGCACUUGAAAGGAAAAUACAAAGGCGCCAUGUUGGUUGUGGUUUCUAUGGAUGGGAACAAUCAAUUAUAUCCACUAGCAUAUGCAAUAGUGGACAAUGAAACUGAUCAAUCAUGGAAAUGGUUUAUGUCAAACUUGAAAUGCAGUAUCGGAGAACCCGAUAAUCUGGUAUUUGUGUCUGAUCGGAUAGUAUCUAUCGACAAUGCUAUUCGUGCAUUUUUUUCCACGACAUUUCAUGGAUUGUGCACAUGGCAUAUAGAACAAAAUCUAGUUACAAACUUUAAGGAUAGCACGGUUGUUGGGAUAUUUAGAGAUGCAGCAAGGACAUUUCACAUGAAAGAGUUCCAGAAAAAAUGGGACGAACUCCGUAGUUUUCGAGACGGUGUUGUCACGAAAUAUUUGGAAGACAUCGGUCUUCAAAGAGGAAUGCUCCAAUCGUGGUUCUACGAAUGGAGGAAUUACUGGGCAUCUCGAAUGACAUUGCACUCUGACUAUUGUAAAACCCGAUUGACAAGUGAGGCCAAUAAGGGCAGACGAUAUCGGGUAGAGCAUAUUGAUUGUUAUCGAGUACACGUGCGAGAUAAUCGAUUGGACGGUAUUGUCAAUCUUCACACGAAGAAAUGCGCGUAUAAGGAAUUCGACUCACUUGGUAUCCUGUGUUCGCAUGCAAUAGUUGCUGCCAAGGAACGAAAUAUACUUAUCCACAGUCUUUGCAGUCAAUUUUAUACAGUGGACUCUCUAAUGACUGCGUAUGCGGAGCCUAUAAAUCCACUUGGCCACAUAUCUGAAUGGAAGAGACCUUCUGGAUAUGUAGAAAAGAUUUUCCUUCCUCCGAAGUUUGUGCCACAAGCCGGACGACGGAGAGUGAGAAGAAUACCAUCCAAAGGAGAAUUUUGCAGACAAAUGAAAUGUGGUUGGUGUGGGAAUUAUGGGCAUAACCACCAAAAUUGUACAGAACUACUUACAACUGUGCGACGUGUUGAAAAUGCCAGAGACCGUGACACAAACACCUCUCAUCUAGUUUAG